CAGCAUCAGCAUCAGCAGCAUCAGCAUCAGCAGCAACAGCAUCAGCAUCAGCAGCAGCGUCUGGGCUCAUGGCCUGUGGGGGUGCAGAGGGUUUCGGGGUUGGCGAGCCACAGCGGACACGUGCUGCCUUAGAGCAUCUGCAGCAGAAGGUCCUGAAGGUCACCGAGCAGAUCCGCGUGGAGCAGGAGGCCCGUGACGACAACGUCGCAGAGUACCUGAAGUUGGCCCAAAACGCCGACAAACAGCAGGCGUCCAGGAUCAAGCAGGUGUUUGAGAAGAAGAACCAGAAGUCGGCACAGACCAUCGCACACUUGCACAAGAAACUAGAGCACUAUCACAGGAAGCUCAAGGAGACAGAGCAGGGCCGGCUCUCCUCAUCUAUCUCCCUGGAGUUCUUUCCCUUAACCUAAUCUCUCCUUCCUCUGAGAUCCUCCACUUCUCUGCUUCCUCAUUUAUCUUCCCUCUCUACAGAAUGGACCGGCCCGUCAGCCUAAGGAUGUCCUGCGGGACA